UCUGUUGUUAGCGACCGUCUCCAUGGUAACGCGCACUCACCGUCUCCACCUUCCACCAACUGCACCUUCCACCGGCCCGCCAUGGACGGCCUGCUCUCCGGCGAGUGCAUCUACAACUUGCUGCCCCAGCCCGAGGAACCGCCUCGCCACCGGCUCAAGUAUUAUUCAAAACAACGGAAAAUGGUACAAGAGGAGUUGGAGCGUAAGAAAUCUUCUUACAAAACAAUGGGUUUACCCAAGGUUGAGCCUCCUUGUCCAAGACAUCAUCUGUUGAAGCAUUCCAAGGAACCAAAACUACCAGACAGGGAACCUUACAAAGUCCCUGUAGAUGGAAUAAUAUCCUCUAUUCCAACUGACAAGCCACUCAUGGGACUCCACACAAAGAAGAAUUUUGUUGAAUCCAAUAUUGCUGAAGUCAAGAUGUCAGUCCCCAAGAAGCCUGUGCCCAUCUAUGUUGAUACCAAAAGAGGAAAUAGAAACUUAUUGGAACCAUCAGGGCUUCUUCCGACCCUCCUGCACAGAAAGGGCUAUGGGAAAAUACCAGAUUAUAUCAUCAAGCGGACAGUAGAGGAGAAGAAAGCCCAAGAAGAAUAUGAUGCCUAUGUUAAAGAGCGUAUUCGGCAAGGCUCCAUGAAACUGUUAUCUGAAGAGGAGCGAAACAAUGUGUUAAUGGGACUGAAGCAGAACUGGGAGGAACUGAAUCAUUCAUUUCAAGGUCUUUCAAUAUUGAUCGAUACUGUUUCCAAGCAAAACCAUAAAGAAAAACUUGAGACCAAAAUGAAAAAACUAGAGCAAGACAUUGACCUGAUUGAGAGGCACAAAUUUAUAUAUAUUCCACAACAUUAAAUACCUUAUUAAACUUAUUACGUAUGUUUUGGAAAAGGUGAACUGUAUUAUAAAAUGCACCUUGUAAGCAUUUGAUUCUAGUAAUUUAUCACAUAAUAUGUCUAUAGUUAUCAUAUUUAGAGGAUGUAUGCAUGAAAGUGCAAAAAUGGAGAAUUCAAAUGUAUUGUUAGCACAACAUUUGUGGGGGGGGGGAGGGGGUUUAACAAUUAUUUUAAGGUAACAAGGAAACUUUUGUAUUGUACAAACAUUUUGUAUCAAUAAUAUUGAUUUUUAUGAGAAGCUAUCAGCGGGUUUGAAUCUAUCAUUUCAGAUUUCUUAAUGGAUUAAAAUUUACACUUCGGGAGUUACCAUGUCACAGGAUAUGGAAAAUGGUUGAUCAAUAAAUCAGUUGGGGAAUGUCCACAACAAGGCACUGGAAAAGAUCACAAUACUCUGGCAGGGAUAUCUUUGUAAAACAACACCUCAAGACAUAAAUUGGCAUGUAAAGAUAGUCAGCCAUUGCAGAGAAACACUAAGAAGACAUUAAAUUGAAAACAUUGCAAAUGUAUUCUGCAUCCAUUGAAGACGAACAAAAUAAUCGACAGGAAGAAAGAUCCCUUGAAUAGAUGUCCUAGUUGUAGUCCACAACGCUCAUGUGUAAAGACAAAUCUUACAAAAGUAGCUGGAAGAUUAUGACAAUAAAUUGUGAACUCAUUUGAAAAGCCCGUUUGUGGAUUCAAGAUCUAUCACAGAAAUUUGAACAUCAAAUUAGGUUACUGUUCAGUAUCGUUCUGGGUGAAAACUAAGCUAUACACAGUAUCUGUUUUAAAUGAUACUUUAAAUAGAGACUUAAUUGACCUCAGUUGGACAUUAAAGUAUUUAUUCAUAUUAAAAAGAUCAAUGUUCCUCCUUGCACAAAUUUAUCCCUCAACUGCCAUUGUUUGAGAAAAAAAGAUUGCCAUCACAGUAGUGCUCAUAGGACCUCACCCCGUGAAAUUUAGGACGCUACCUUCCCUACCCAACAACAGUAACAAUAGUUCAAAGGGACACCAUUAGCACUAAAGCUUUUGAAAGCGGCACAAAGGUGUGAACUUCAUUGUUCAAAUACCAAGGUAAUAGAAUGCAAGGGGUGGUUAUUUGAUCACUGACCUUGAAAGCUCGGCUCACACCUUGAGAGGGGAAAUUAAGGAGAACUCUGAUUUACGGCAAGAUGGUAAGCUUGGAGGAGUGGGAGGAAAACAUUCCUGUGCCCCGGCCUGAAUGAUGUGUUGUACAGGGACUUCCCAGAAUCACCCUGUCUCCCUGCAGCUGUUGAGCUUGCAUAUGUGGGGAGUCUGACAAACAAAGGGUUAAAUCGGAGACCUACUCCCAGAGGGUAGUUCAUUUUUCUGGCCCAUUCCUGCCUCCAUUACACCAGAAGUGGGCAGGUUGGACUGGCAUUAUGACAGGCGAUAAAUAAUGUUUUGAUAUUUCAUCCAGAACCAACUUAUCUAUUUUUGUGUCUGAAACCCCCCACCCCGUCAUGACUUGCAUUAUAAUGUCAAUGUUUUUUUCAAUUAUUUUCUUUUGGGCUGCAGCAAAACUGCUUGAAGAAGGGGUUCCAUUGAAGCACUUUUUGUUGGAAUGUUUAAAUUUACCUUACCAAUAUUUAUUCAUAUGGAUGUGCACUUGGAGUGGAAUCAUCCCUCAGAGUCCUUCACAAUGCACAGUCUAGAUGGAGCUAUCAACCCGUCAAAUAAACUUUUGCUAAAUUCACAGAAUUGAGAAGGUUUUGAGGAGGCUCUUAAUAAAACUACAGGGAGGAAGGGUGAGGAUUCUUUUAUUUUUCCAGUAUGCAGAAUCUACUUCAUAGCCAAAUUGCAUAGUUGUAAUGUUAUUCUGUUCCUGCCAUAUGAGUACUCACAGAGCCACUAACUUGUUUAUUUGAAACACAGGAACCUUGUGUACCAUGGGGAGAUUCUAAGUGAGGAUUAACUAUGCUUUAAACAAAACAUCACUGACUCUUACACUGGGGUAAAUUGUACGGUAUUUUCAGUGAAAUCUGUACGACACAGGAAAAAAAAGAAUGCGGGGACAUUUAUGUGAUGCUUUCAAUACAAACAAGGUAUCAAAAAUGGCAAUUACCUACUUUCUCCUCCAGCUUUCAAAUUCUAGAAUUUCAGAAAUAGCACAACUCAACACGUCCCCCCAGACCAUUGCCCUGUCGGGUGGAGCCGUCAGGUGGAAUGCAAAGCGACCCCACAGUCUGACACAAUACAAAAGGUGGGAAGCCUGACAGGAGCACGUCCCCACUAUCCUCCCAAAGCCACCUUCUGCAAUCCUCACCCACGCCCUUUGAACCUUACUUUAUGCGUCCAGAUGCGCUCUAGAUUAAGGAGGUUUUAAUGUCUGUUUAGUAGGAAGUCCGCACGCAUAUUGUUUCUCCAGUAUCUUUGCCAUCAUUGUUAGUGAAACCGUUGUGACAACUCUUAUUUCUAACACAUACUAAUUUUUUCAAUCUCUAAGUCUGAAUUUCAGCAAGGGUUAUUGGAAAUCAGACUAAUCACUCCUACUCUGCCAAAACAGUUUUCAAUAUGGGCAGGUGGAAAUAAAUGGGUUGUUCGUUUCUCUGCGCCUGCUGUCUGACCCGUUUCCAAGGCAGCAAAAACCUACAGGGACAUAAGAAAUGAGCUCGCUAUUACAUCUGUCACUGUAACCUAUCCCAGAGACAGCAUGUGAUGUUUACAUUUUUAUUUUUCUGAGCACCCCGCCCUGAUCAGAUGUGAAAAUUCCCAAUUCCUGUCAAUUGCCUCAUCUAUAAUGUGUGAUGGGUAGCCAGUCCGGUGGGCGCAGAGUGUUCGAUUGGGAUUUCAAAAAUGCUUUCCUAAUCCAUUUAGUUCUACUUUUCAUGUCAAUACAUACAAACCACAAUCAUUCAUAACACAGUGGCAAAACAUUCAUGCCUAAUGUAAAUUAAGAACUCCCAAAUAUGAAAGAGAACUAAAUAUUGUUCAAAUUGGUUAUUGUUCACAUUCAGAUUGAAAGGGAUUGUAAGCUUUUUCUAGGUGCGUUGCAGACAUUUUUAAGGCAGAACUGUGAAAAAUAUCACCUCUUAAAAAAUAUUAUUGAUACCAGAAUGUGUAUUUUACAAAAACAAAUUUAAUGACUGCACAAAUCUUUUUCACAUUAUGUAAUAGAGACAUAAUUCUUCCUUGGACAAAAUAAAAACAUAUGGUUCUUGG